ACGCAGAUCUCCUCAACCAAAAAAACAAAAGAAACAAUUUUUCAUUUCAAUUUCUAUCCGUGAAAUAAAAAUUCCAACCCGUGAUCUCUUUCUACAUUCUACUCCCGUGAAUGCCUCCCACUUCAGUAUCUCCAAAAUCGUACACGUAAUCACCCAACACAAAUACAAAAUUCCAACAAAAAAAAAAGGAUUGACUGCUGACGGACCAGACUCUAUCCCAUCUCUCCACCAUUAGUCUUACUUUUUCCUCUUCACUCGCCCACCUUAUAUAAAUACUCAUACCUCUUCCUUAGCCAUGACCAUUCACAAAAACAAACCCACAAGAACCCACUUCCUCCUCCUCCUCGCCAUGUCUACCCUCUUCUUCCUCUCUCUCCUCUCCCUUCUCCUCUUCUUCACCCAAUCCUCCUCCGCCGACCACCGUCACCAUCAUCAGAAGGCUCCUCCACGUAAUUUCAAACCACCCUCACCCGAGUCAUCCAGUGUCUCCGCUGCCCCACCGAUCAUCCAGCAGGCAUGCAAAGCAACUCGUUUCCAACAACCUUGCGAGACCUCGCUCGGCCAGCCGGGUCGGGUCGUAGCGGACCCAACACCGGUACAGAUAAUUCAGGCGGCGAUCGGAGUCUCGGCUGAGAAUCUCAAGAAGGCCAACUCCAUGGUUCAGUCGAUCCUCGACUCCUCCGCCUCGAACCUGAACCGGUCGACCGCCGCGAAGAACUGCCUCGAGGUGCUGCGAAACUCGGACUACCGCACUUCAAUGGCCAUUGACGCUGUGCCACGUGGAAGGAUGAAAGACGCGCGGGCGUGGAUGAGCGCGGCGCUGCUGUUCCAGUACGACUGCUGGUCCGCCCUCAAGUACGCGAAUGACACCCAUUUGGUGAACGAGACGAUGUCGUUUCUAGAUUCGUUGACGGGGCUUUCCAGCAAUGCGUUGAGCAUGAUGGCCUCUUACGACGUGUUCGGAAGCGACAUGUCCAAGUGGGGCCCGCCGAAGACGGAGCGGGACGGGUUUUGGGCCAGCAGUUCUGGCGGGUCGGAGAUGGGGUCCCGGGGUGGGUUACCGUCGAAGUUAAUAGCGGAUGCGACGGUGUGUAAAGACGGUGGAGACGGGUGUUACAAGACAGUGCAGGAGGCCGUUAACGCGGCUCCCGAUAACGGCGUUAAAAGGUUCGUGAUCCACAUAAAGGCUGGUGUUUACGAAGAGACAGUAAGGGUCCCACUUGAGAAGAAGAACGUGGUAUUUUUAGGGGACGGAAUGGGUAAAACUGUUAUUACUGGAUCAUUAAACGCGGCUCAACCUGGAAUCUCCACUUAUAAUACUGCUACAGUCGGAGUUCUUGGGGAUGGAUUUAUGGCCAAUGGUCUCACAAUCCAGAACACAGCUGGACCAGAUGUACACCAAGCUGUAGCAUUCAGAUCAGAUAGUGAUCUUUCUGUGAUUGAGAAUUGUGAAUUCUUGGGCAACCAGGAUACUCUCUACGCUCACUCUCUUCGCCAAUUCUACAAAUCGUGCCGCAUUCAAGGCAAUGUGGACUUCAUUUUCGGAAACUCUGCUUCAUUUUUCCUGGAUUGCCAGAUCUUAGUCUGUCCCCGCCAAGUGAAGCCAGAGAAAGGCGAGAACAAUGCUGUCACGGCCCACGGCAGGACUGAUCCUGCGCAAACAACUGGUUUUGUUUUCCAGAAUUGCUUAAUCAAUGGCACUGAGGAUUAUAUGAAGCUAUAUCACAGCAAGCCUGCAGUUCACAAAAACUUCUUGGGAAGGCCUUGGAAGGAGUAUUCAAGAACUGUUUUCGUACAUUGUAACUUGGAAGCUCUGAUCACGCCGCAAGGAUGGAUGCCGUGGAGUCAGGAUUUUGCUUUGAAAACUUUGUUUUAUGGCGAAUUCGGCAACUCUGGACCAGGGUCGGAUUUAUCUCAGAGAGUCUCGUGGAGUAGCCGAAUUCCCGCUGAGCAUGUUAAUACAUACUCAGUUCAAAGCUUCAUUCAAGGGGAUGAUUGGAUUCCUUCAAACGAUGUUGCCUUUUUUCCGCAUAAAAAUUAACAGACAUACCAUGGGAGGUAAUUUGAAGUGUCGCUUAUCACACUUUUUGCAGUAACCAGCAAGAUUCUUGAUGAGAAUGAAUGCUGCUGGUGUAUACUUGGUUCACAGAGCUUCAGAGCUUUAUUUAUGAAGAGGAUUAGUUUUUGACAUGUGUAUCCAUGGUAGAUUUCAAAUCAAUAUAUGUAAGGAGCAAACCAAAAUUUCACUAGUGUAGUGAAUGCAGCAUUAGAGGAUUAUGGUUGUAUAGUUCUGGCCAGUUGACUUGCUGAGAUAAUUGAGUUGACUGUCCAAAAGAUCUUUUAUCCCUUUCUUUAUAUAGAAUAAGAGUAUAUUUUUUCCUUAUAUGUAUUCAUGUGAAUCAAUAUUAAGUUUGAAAUCUGCCUCAA